UAUUCUCUCCUGUUUUCCAUCCUUUGCCAGUUGUCCUGGUCUUAGUGUUUGCCGUUUGUUGGAUGCCAUUCCACAUUGAUCGACUCUUCUUCAGCUUUGUGGAGGAGUGGACUGAACCCCUGGCAGCUGUGUUUAACCUCAUCCACGUGGUAUCAGGUGUAUUCUUCUACCUGAGCUCUGCUGUCAACCCUAUCAUCUAUAACCUACUGUCUCGCCGCUUCCGGGCAGCGUUCCGGAAUGUGAUCUCUCCUCCCUGCAGAAGCUGCGGCUCCCAGGACCACUCACGAGGGCCCCCUGCCCAGCGGACCAUCUUCCUCACCGAACGCCACCUGGUGGAGCUCACUGAAGAGCCAGGUCCCCAGCUUCCCUGCCAGUCAUCCGUCUGCAACUCUCCCCUGUCCACAGCCCUCUGCACGGAGCAGACCCCGUGGAAGAGGCCAUCGUCUUUCCUAGGACUAAAUUCCUCACUGCCUCCUGCCUCCUCUCUAGCUCAUGAAGCCAAUGUGCCUGGCAAGGCACAGGGCCUAUAGGGAGGGCAGUUUCCCCUCUAAGAAGAUUUGGGCUGGGUCACCUGCACUCUGAGUCAGGCUGUCACUCUGACAACCGGUGGCCACUGUGAGCCCCAGGAGGAAGACACA